AAGGGAAAGAAAACGAAAUGCCAACGAGUUGAAUCCGACGUGGUUAAUCGAAUAAAAAAAAAAGCAAACGUGGCUCACUCUGAUUGGAUAAUGACACCAAUGCCCGCCGAUGACGUGGACCGCCGUUCUCAUUCAAAUACUUGUACAUAGCUUCUGCGAUUCCGGUACCGGCAGAAGUUGGCAGGAAGACGGAGAAAUCGGGCAAAUGGCGAUUAAGCUGUAUACGAGAUCUAUUAUUUUGAUUGUUGUUAUUGUUUUCUUAUCUGUUUUACAAGCUGCGCUCUGCAUCGAAGAGAAAUGUUCUGCUUGUUCCGCCAUUGCUGAGGAGCUAGAGCAUGGACUAUUGAAAGAAAAGCCAAGAAACCAUCUAGACAUGAGACAUCGCUUGGAUUCUAAAGGUCAGCGUGAAGGGAAACUUAUUGAUUACAGAGGCAGUGAGUUGCGAGUUGUUGAACUCUUAGAUGACCUCUGUGAAAAGAUGCAAGAUUAUACACUGGAGAAGGUGGAUUCAAGCACCAACACGUGGAUCAAAGUAAACAAUUGGGACCUUCUCAAGACUAAUAAGCAAGAAGCUCGAGCACAUUCAAAAGCUAUGUCAUCCUUUUGUGGAAGGUUACUCGAGCAAACUGAAGAUGAGUUGGCAGAGUUGAUAAAGAAAGGAUCUGUCAAAGUUGGAGAUGUAACCAAGGUAUUAUGUGAAGAUCUCAGCAACUAUUGCAAGGGGACAAGCAGCUCCAAUAAGGCAGUAGAUGAUGAAGACGAAGAUACAGACCGAGAACUUUGACUUUUGUUUCCGUGACUGGUUGUGGGGGGGUAUAGAAAGAAGAUUGUCCCUAUUCGUGAACCAUGAAAGCAGAUGAGUUUGAUAGAAGUAGAAACAGUUUUUUACGUCCUCAUAUUUCUUCUGAUAUCUUUACUUAAUACAACAUACAUGUUCUUCCCUCUUUUUAUUGGACCAUGUAUCAGUCAGUCAUCACAUGUUGUACUCAAGAUUAACUAAUUUUAUCGAUGAACAAUAUCUGUACUAUCAUU